CACGCCGCGCUGCAGUCGUUUUCUUGGAUGAGGAAAACCGACCGCCCACCCUCGCCAAACUCGAGGAAAGUUUUUAUUUGCUCCGGACACACGGAUUACGUUUCGCCCGCGUUAUUGUUUUUGCUCAUUACAUAGGAAUGCAAUGGAAACUCAGACACCCCAAGAUUAUUUCAGGUCCGUCAGUAGCGAAUCGUCCGCGUACAUGAUGGUUCCUGCGAACAAUCGGCGAGAUGCACCGUCAAAAUUAUGUGUCGCUAUGGUGGUUAUCGUCGUGGUCGUACUGCAAAUAGCUUCAACCACUGGACUCUUCGUCUACCUAAAUAUGUCAAUAUCUCAGGUGAAGUCGCAGGGCGUUACCGAGGAGCUUCGCUGCCUGGGGCUCCUGAACGCCCUGGAUAAGGACCAGGACAUCCCGCCCCACCUGGUGCCGCUGUUCGGGGAGCCCUGCAUCAAGCUGGCCGAGGGCAUCAAGGCCUACAUCUCCAAGGUGACAGAGAACCUAAUUUCAAAGCACGCAUUUCAAGAAGCUCGAGCCCAACCUCGCACUAAACAUGUCACCACUGUUACCCAGAGACCUUCUGCCCACCUCACACUCCGAGACAGCGGCCUACAAGUCUUACAGACCCCCCAGGCAGACCUGCACCAGUCUUGUCGGCACCCGCUCCGCUCGUGGGGUAACCAGAGUUUCGGGGCUCACCUCCACAACAUGAGCGUGUCGAACGGGCGUCUGCGGGUGCCCCAGGACGGCCGCUACUACCUGUACGCGCAGGUGUACUUCCGGUCCCCGUGGGCAGGCGAGGGCGAGCAGGGCGGGACGGGCCGUGAGCUGGUGCAGUGUGUGUAUAAGAAGACGUCCUACGCGCGGCCGAUCCAGCUGCUGAAGGGCGUGGGGACCCGCUGCUGGGCCCCCGACGCUGAGUACGCCCUGCACUCCGUCUACCAGGGUGGCCUGUUCCAGCUGCGUGCCGGCGACGAGCUCUUUGUCUCCGUCUCCUCCCCCAGCAUCGUCCACGCCGAUGACUCCUCCAGCUACUUCGGUGCCUUCCGGCUUGACCUCUGACCCCAACCCGUCACCCCCCCGGGCCCCCCCGGCUGGGC